UUAUUCAAUUACAGAUUUACCCUUAAGGUGGGCAUGUUUUAGGAUGUCUAAAAACUUGCUAGAACUGAUUUUUAAGCCAAAAUUGCAUUCAAUGGCUGCAAUAACCUCCUCUCUACUUCGGAAUUAUGCUGGAAGUGCUUCUGUUAGAGCGUUUGCUUUUGCAAAUGUGAGGGUUCCUCCUCCACGAACCUUCUUUAAUUACAACCCCGUUAGCUUUCUUCUUCCAUUUCACUCUCGCAGAUCCUUCUCUCGUAUUGGUGUUACAAAUGAUGAAGAGGCCCUAGCGAAAGCAGCUGCAGUGAAUGCUGAUAGUGAAGCUCCAACCAUAUUUGACAAGAUCAUAGCAAAAGAAAUCCCUUCGUCCAUUGUAUAUGAGGAUGAGAAGGUCUUAGCGUUUCGUGACGUCAACCCACAAGCUCCUGUUCAUGUUUUAGUCAUUCCAAAGUUCAGGGAUGGAUUAACAAUGCUUGGGAAGGCUGAAGAAAGGCAUACAGAAAUAUUGGGCUAUCUACUCUAUGCUGCAAAAAUAGUGGCCGAGAAAGAAGGUAUCCUGGAUGGUUUUCGAGUUGUAAUCAACAAUGGUCCUGGUGGAUGUCAAUCUGUUUAUCAUCUCCACUUACACGUCUUGGGUGGGCGACAGAUGACAUGGCCGGCUGGUUGAAAGUUUGUAACAUAUUUACGCUAGCGAACUCUAAUAUGUUUUCCUUGUUCUUCAUUCAGAUCCCAAACUAUGUUCAGCUAUUAAUCUAGGACAUUUGGAGGAUUAUUCUCAUGAGCUAGGAAUGUUUUGACUUCAAAUUUUAAGAGAAUAUAAUAAAAUAUGGAGUUUAUUAUUUAUGCAUAAUAUUAUAA